GCCCGGCUGCGCGCCCCGGAACCGUGCGCCCGGCGCUCAAACCGACGCCCCCAGCCCGGAGCGCAGCGAGCGGCGGGUGGGUUUGGGCAAGUGGUAACGGGGCUGAGGCGGCCGCUGCCUCGACUUCCCUCGCCGGGCACCGAAGAGGACCCUCAGAGCUGCUCGGGGCCCCAGGCGCCGGAUGACUGGCAGGAGGAACGCGCCUCGCACCUGUGCUGGUGUGUGAGUGCAGGUGCUGUGGAUCCCUAGUGUGAUACAUGAUCGAGGAAACGCUCCCCCCCUUCCCUCCUUGGCACUUCCCCCACAUGACAGGAGGACGAACUUCUGGUUAGGAGACAACUACCUGGAGCCCACGCCUCUGCCCACCAUGAAGGGGACCUGUGUCAUUGCAUGGCUGUUCUCAAGCCUGGGGUGGUGGAGACUCGUCCAGCCAGAAACGGACGCAUCUCAGUGCCAGCGAGCGGAACACCCCGUCAUUUCCUAUAAAGAAAUUGGCCCCUGGUUACGGGAGUUCAGAGCGAAGAAUGCUGUGGAUUUCUCGCAGUUAACAUUUGACCCAGGACAGAAAGAACUUGUUGUAGGAGCAAGAAACUACCUCUUCAGGUUACAGCUUGAGGAUUUGUCUCUGAUCCAGGCUGUGGAGUGGGGCUGUGAUGAAGUCACCAAGAAGGCCUGUUACAGUAAGGGCAAAUCAAAGGAGGAGUGUCAGAACUACAUCCGGGUGCUUUUGGUGGGUGGCGACCGUUUAUUUACCUGUGGGACCAAUGCUUUCACGCCUGUCUGCACCAACCGCUCGUUGAGCAACCUGACCGAAAUCCAUGAUCAGAUCAGUGGCAUGGCCCGCUGUCCCUACAGUCCCCAGCACAAUUCCACGGCUCUUCUCACGGCCGGCGGGGAGCUCUACGCUGCAACAGCCAUGGAUUUUCCCGGACGGGAUCCUGCCAUUUACCGAAGUCUGGGCAUCUUACCUCCUCUCCGCACGGCACAGUACAACUCCAAAUGGCUUAAUGAACCAAACUUCGUGUCAUCUUAUGACAUCGGAAAUUUCACCUACUUCUUUUUCCGAGAAAAUGCCGUGGAGCACGACUGUGGGAAAACCGUGUUCUCCAGAGCUGCCCGGGUCUGCAAGAAUGACAUCGGGGGGCGGUUCCUACUGGAGGACACCUGGACCACGUUCAUGAAGGCUCGCCUGAACUGCUCCCGGCCCGGGGAGGUCCCCUUUUACUACAACGAACUGCAGAGCACUUUCUUCCUGCCCGAGCUGGAUCUGAUCUAUGGCAUCUUUACGACCAACGUGAACAGCAUCGCUGCCUCGGCCGUGUGUGUCUUCAACCUGAGUGCCAUCUCCCAGGCCUUCAACGGGCCCUUCAAGUACCAGGAGAACUCGCGCUCCGCCUGGCUGCCGUAUCCCAACCCCAACCCCAACUUCCAGUGUGGCACGGUGGACCAGGGCCUGUACAUGAACCUGACCGAAAGGAAUCUGCAGGAUGCUCAGAAGUUCAUCCUGAUGCACGAGGUGGUCCAGCCUGUGACCUCGGUGCCCUCUUUCAUGGAGGACAACAGCCGCUUUUCCCACGUGGCCGUCGACGUGGUGCAGGGCAGGGACAUGCUCGUCCACAUCAUCUAUCUGGCCACAGAUUACGGCACCAUAAAGAAAGUGCGGGCGCCCCUGGCCCCGGCUGCCGGCAGCUGCCUGCUGGAGGAGAUCGAGCUCUUCCCCGAGCGGCGGGGGGAGCCCAUCAGGAGCCUGCAGCUCCUCCACAGCCGCAGCGCCCUGUUCGUGGGCCUGCAGGAGCACGUGGCCAAGAUCCCGCUGAAGAGGUGCCAGUUCCACCGAACCCGCAGUGCCUGCAUUGGGGCCCAGGACCCUUACUGUGGCUGGGACAUGGUGAUGAAGAAAUGCACGAGCCUGGAGGAGAGCCUAAGCAUGACACAAUGGGAGCAGAGCACCUCCACCUGUCCCACGAGGAAUCUCACCGUGGACGGGCACUUCGGCGCGUGGUCUCCGUGGACGCCCUGCACGCACACCGAUGGCAGCGCCGUGGGAUCCUGUCUGUGUCGCACGCGCUCCUGCGACAGCCCAGCCCCCCAGUGCGGAGGCUGGGAGUGCGAGGGCCCCCGCAUGGAGAUCGCCAACUGCUCCAGGAACGGAGGCUGGACCCCCUGGACCUCGUGGUCUCCCUGCAGCACCACCUGUGGGAUCGGCUUCCAGGUGCGCCAGCGAUCCUGCAGCAACCCCACCCCCCGGCACGGGGGCCGGGUGUGCGUGGGACAGAACCGCGAGGAGAGAUACUGCAAUGAGCAUUUGCUGUGCCCCCCACACAUGUUCUGGACAGGCUGGGGUCCUUGGGAACGGUGCACAGCCCAGUGCGGGGGCGGCAUUCAGGCUCGCCGCAGGACCUGCGAGAACGGACCUGACUGCGCGGGCUGCAAUGUGGAGUACCAGCCUUGCAAUAUCAACCCGUGCCCCGAGCUGAAGAAGACCACACCCUGGACGCCCUGGACGCCCGUCAACAUCUCGGACAAUGGGGGCCACUAUGAGCAGCGAUUUCGCUACACGUGCAAAGCCCGCCUGCCUGAUCCAAAUCUGCUGGAAGUGGGAAGACAGAGAAUCGAGAUGCGAUACUGUUCUAGCGAUGGAACCAGCGGCUGCUCUGCAGACGGCCUUUCUGGCGAUUUCCUGCGUGCCGGGAGAUACUCCGCCCACACCGUCAACGGGGCGUGGUCGGCCUGGACGUCGUGGUCACAGUGCAGCCGCGACUGCAGCAGGGGCAUCCGGAACCGGAAGCGGGUUUGCAACAAUCCCGAGCCCAAGUAUGGGGGCUUGCCUUGCCUGGGCCCCUCCCUGGAAUACCAGGAAUGCAACAUUCUGCCCUGCCCAGUGGAUGGCGUGUGGUCUUGCUGGUCUCCCUGGUCAAAAUGCUCGGCGACCUGUGGCGGUGGACACUACAUGAGGACCCGCUCGUGCACAAACCCGGCCCCAGCCUACGGAGGAGACAUCUGCCUGGGGCUACAUACGGAGGAAGCUCUCUGCAACACGCAGCCCUGCCCCGAGAGCUGGUCGGAGUGGUCAGACUGGUCUGAGUGUGACGUGUCUGGAGUCCAGAUCCGUGCCCGCCAGUGCAUCCUUCUGUUCCCUGUGGGCAGCCAGUGUUCUGGAAACACCACGGAGAGCCGGCCGUGUGUGUUUGAUUCCAAUUUCAUCCCAGAAGUAUCUGUGGCGAGAUCCAGUAGUGUAGAAGAGAAAAGGUGUGGGGAGUUCAACAUGUUCCACAUGAUUGCCGUGGGGCUGAGCAGCUCCAUCUUGGGCUGCCUCCUUACGCUACUCGUCUACACCUACUGCCAGCGGUACCAGCAGCAGUCCCACGACGCCACCGUCAUCCACCCUGUUGCUCCCGCCCCUCUCAACACCAGCAUAACUAACCAUAUUAACAAACUGGACAAGUACGACUCAGUGGAAGCCAUCAAGGCAUUUAACAAAAACAACUUGAUCCUAGAGGAAAGAAACAAAUACUUCAACCCGCAUCUCACUGGGAAAACCUAUUCUAAUGCCUACUUUACAGAUCUCAACAAUUACGACGAGUACUAAUAGUUGUUAUAUUUUUGGCUUCUUGUAAUUCCCCAGUUCCUCAAGGCCUGUGCUCCAUGACUGCCCAUGUUUCCAAGACUUCAGAGUUGAAGUUUGGAUACAUUUCAAGUGCAUUUCAAGCCAUGAGUUUCCCAUUGCUACCAAAAACAGACAUCCUUAAAAGCAACACAGAUCUAAAUAUGAUGUCGUGAAAAUCUGGUCUCAAUGCUUGAUCAUUGUUGAGUGAGCCAUGGUGUGAGGCUUUGUUUUGUUUUGUUUUACUGUGUUCAGUCCAUUUUUUUUCUAACAAGUCACUUGUUUUCUUGAGUUUUUUACUAAAUGUACCAUCCACAUGGGAAGGAGUCUUUAGAAAUAGGAAUGUCUUCCUGCUCUGGGGCAUAAAUCUUUAUGAUGUUUUAAUCCAACAAAAGAGACACUUCAGCCGAGAGUCCCCAUUCUCCAUAAGGCGUGUUAGGUCUGUAAGUAUUUGAUGAAACGAAGAAUACGAAUGUGGCCAUAGAGUUCUGCACCCUGGAUCCCCUGUCUUCCCAACCUGAAUAAUUCUGUGGAAUCCGUGGAAGCGACUUGCGUGUUUGGACUUGGAACGGUUCUUGCCUGGGGGAAGGGCAGGGAUUCACCCCAGCUUGUAUCUGCGGAGGUGAUGGUGUGAGGUAUGACACACGCUUCCCCUGGUCUUAAUGCAGUUACUGUGUUAUCCCUGGUGGAGGCGCACUCACAGACCAGAGCCACAAACACAAGGAAGGGUCCAGCAUUCCGUGCGAUGCUACGAGGCUAGCCAUAGUCUCCCUCCUGGAUUUCACAGCAUUCCAGGGAGCUCCUUGCCAUGCGGUUGGUCUGGAAGCCCCGCCCCUGUCCAGUCCAUAGCAGCAUCCUGAAGAGACGACCCGUAAAACCAGCACUUGCUCAACAUUUGGAUAGACGCCACACCUUCUGUGUCCCUGCAAAGAAAAAAUCUUAAACAUUCAUGACACCAAUGGGGGAAAGCAUUAAAAAUACUGGAAUGUAAUGGGAACCGACUUUUUUAUUUUUUAUUUUUUUUUUAUCUUCCAUGUUAUGGAAAGGAUUGAAAGAACUGACCUUUAAUGAAAGACAACUUUCUAAUUUCUAUCUCCCGGUAGAACUAGUGUAUGGCCAUCAUCCCCUUCCCAGAGCAUUACUGAUGUGUAAAGCUGGCUUUCUUCACCCCCGCGCUGUAAAUAGCAAAGUGCCCCCCAAGCUGUCAUUUGCCGCCUCCGGGUCAGGUGAGGAGGAGACGUCCAGUUCUGGUGCCUUUGGUUUCUGUCUCAGUGCUGCCUUCCUACCUGCCCCCUCCCGCUUCUCCCUGCAUGGAGGCAACAGCAUUUCAAGAUGUACCUUGAGAAAGCAGGGAUGUGAGGUUUUUAAUGAUCCCUGUGGUUCUGAGCAUUGAUCACUGGUAAGCAUUUCAGAGUGUUAUAAUACUAUUCAUAGAGGUCUCCAGAAAGGAAAAAAAAAAAAAGGCGGGAUAAAUUACUCAUAAGCAACUGAUAAAUAAUACAUGGCAGUUGACUGACUAGUCUUCGAAAGUAAGAACAAGAUUGAAACUGUUCAUCUGAUGCCUAAGUGGUCAGUAAAAUGUGUUCUUUUUGCUCAAUGAACCUUCCGGUUUCCGAAGAUGUAUAGCACGGGCGUUGAGGAACACGGACUUAUUAGCACACAUGUUUUUAUCCUACCCCAUGUAAAGAAACAAUCUCAGAAAGUGUUGGGGGGAAAAAGCCCAUGUAUACUAAUGAAUAUUGUUGCAUUGAAAAUACUCCCAUGUACCCAGGCUUCCAGAAGCUACUGUACUAAAAUUCAAUUUUAAAUGGCAGGUGGUCUCAGAGAGGCCUGGUAGAUUGCAAGUGAAUGGUAUUCUGGGUCUUUCUGGUGGGGAGUUCAUGUGGCCUCUCCUGCAUUGUUGUCUGCUGUUUGAGACGACUCUGUCUGGACGCACAGAGCCAAAGUCCAUACUCAGGAGGUGAAAUUCAGUCCAAUGGUUUCCUCUUUGUUCCAGAGCUAGAUUUUCAACUGGUGUUAUCACUUUUCUAUAAGAAAAAACGCCUUCACUGUGAAGCAUGUUAUAGUUGUUUUUUGAAUCCCUCCCCCGAGUGUUUUCUAAGCUUAAAAGGUCAUUUUAUUUCCCUAAGGAAAGAGGAUACUAAUUUCAAGAAAGCAUCAGUGGACCUGAUUGGAAAUGCUUUCUCAAUGCUGUCGAGGCUGGACUUCAGUCAGUGUCAUGCUGUGGCCCGUGACAGCAUCCACCUUCCACACCGAACUGUCAUGUUGGCGAUUGCCUACAUCCUGGAUUCAUCACUGCAAAGAAAGGCCCUCAUUUUUGUUCCCGGACACUCCCCUCAAAGACAGAUUAUUCUGGCUUCUCUUUCUCUCUGUCUCUCUCCUCUGUCUCUCUCGCAUUCUCCUUAUUUCACAGAGUUUCAAUUGGUUUAGAAUAAUUUCAAAUAUAGUCGAAGUAUUGUCAUCAGCUAUGGAGUAACUUGCUUUUCUAGCUUUCAUGUGUCUGUGCCUCCCCUCACACCUCCUGUGUUGCGUGAGCCCAGGUGGGUUUUUACAGUGGUGUUUACCACUUCCCCUGGGACUUCCUCCCUAAGGAGCCUCCCUGGGGGCUGAGUGUGGGAUUCCCCUCUCUGUGGGUCCUGUUGUAAGUUUCUGAAUGACCGUUUCCUUCUGUCUUUUUCUUUUCCUUCUUUUCCUUUCUUCUGUUUUUUUCCUUCUUUCCUUCCUUCCUCCUUCCUUCCUUCCUUCCUUCCUUCCUUCCUUCCUUCCUUCCUUCUUUCCUUCCAAGCAGCACAGAUAGAGACUAAUAUUUUAAAGCUGCACCCCCUCUGAACCUAACCUCAAAUGACACUAAUCCCAGUUUAAUCUCUAGGAUUAUUUCUGGAUACGGUUGAAGUUUGGCUGGUUUUCGUUAGGACACUGGCUUUUAGUCUCACAUUCAAAUUCUUUGGAAGGGAGUCCCAGGGGCGGUGCUGCUCAGGGUCCUUUCUCCAGAGGGGACUGUCACCAGGGGGCUGCAUCCUCCCACAGGAAGGAUGCACAGCAGGGCCCUUCCCAGGCCCCUCCUGUUGGGGGGGGGGCGGUGUAGGUGAGGAGCCCCGGGCUGUGUCACCCUGAGCCACAGGACUGGGACUUCGGAGGAUUCUGGGGCCGGGUGGGCUCUGUCCCACGGAGGCCCCGCGGUCACCAGACUGGGCGCUGCCCCGCACGUUUGCCCCCCUUGCCGGGGACCCGUUUCCGUGGGGUCCCCUGAACCCCCUCCUCCAGGGAUGCCCCGAGCCUGCUCACCCCCGGCGCUGCCUCGUGUGCAGGGCAGGUGCAGGGGCUGGCGGGGGCACUGGGGUGUCCCUGCUCUGGGGGGAGCCCGGUCCCCGGGAAGGGGCCGCCCGCGUGCCCGGGGGGACCGGGGUCUGGCCCCACUGCCUCGCGGGCCAAUGCCAAAGAGAAGAGGAGGUGGGAAAGGGCGGGAAGUAGGGGGGUGUGGGAAGAUGGGGACCCGGCGGCUCCGGGCCGAGUGGGAGGGAUGUCCCGGGUGGGGAGCCCGGACCCGCCAGCUCUGUGGGUCUGAAGCCAGGACCCUGGGGGGAUCCACUGCGCAGACCGCAGGGGGUUCCGCCCCGGGCGCCCUCGUGUCCUGCUCUGUCCGCACAAGGGUGAGGCCUUGGGGGCCCCCCGCCCAGGAGGGUGCGCAUUUGCACCCCAGGCUGUGGUGGCACUGGCUGGGCAGAGUCUUCCAAGCUGUGACAGAGUCCCAACGGGGGAUGCCGCGUCCCAGGGCCACCUGCCGGGGUACACGCGGGUGAAACUGAAGAUCAGAGAUUUUAUUUGAAGUCUGUAGGAGUCUGCACUCAGCUAGUCAUGUUGUCCAAAUACCUGUUUGAUGCACAAAGUGCAGCUUUCCUUGCUAGUCCUUGAAUUCACACAUAUCUUUAUGCUUCUCUAUGAUAAUUACUUGCUCUCCGAAUAAACCGUGAACAUUUCCCCAGCACUGUCACACCACCUCCGGCAGGAAGUCUUUUACACUCCAGUGGGGUUUUCUUGUGUGGCAUUUGGGGGCAACUCCAAAUUUCGCAUUUCUGUCUCAAAAGAGGGCUCUGGGGCACCUCCCCAGGGGCAGCAGGUACCAGCGGUGGAUCCAGUGAACUGCUUCUGCCUCAAAGCAGCCCUGCUCCACAGAACAGGAUUGUCCCUAAGCCUCCAGCUCCAAUAAUCAAUGUUCAUGAAGGCGGGGACUAAAAUGAUUACCUUGAAUCAACUCAUAUGCAAACUCUCUGCUGUGCUUUCCAGGAUAGGAUGGGGCAAAGUGGAAUUCUCAGACCGCGUUGGCUUACCCCAUACAUCCAUCCCUUCUAAUGUCUCCAUUAUGUCAUGAUAAUUCUUGUUGACCUGUUGAUAAUACGUUGACACAAUAUUGCAAGUUUGAUUACCUACGAUUAUCAGAAACUAGAAAGCCAUUCUGAGCCCUUGCUUCUCUCAAUGGGAAUGAAAUGGAAGAACAUAAAGUAACAGUCACUUUGGCCUGAGAAAUGCACAAAAAGAAAUGCCAGUCAUUGCAUGGUGUAUCCCCGUGUGAGAGAAAAGAUUUGGAGGCCAGGAGCCAUGAUGGAAUUUAUUUCGGCUGCUCUCCCCUAUUGAGGUCAUUAAUAAGAACUGAUUUAAAGAGCUUUGUAACUCUACAAAUGCCGACUCGAGGUAUUCAUGUUAUCUGUUUUGAUAGCCUGAUAAAACACAGGGAAAUACCUUGUUGGAAUCCUUGCUUUUCUCUUUUGGAAACUGACAAGUAAUGAACAAGAUGCAUUGUUGAAUUAUUGGCAGGAAUUUCUGUAAUGACUAUUCUAUACUCCUUUUUUAUGGACUAUAUUAAGGGUGUGUUAUACAUGUUUUGGGAAGUAGAUGAAUCAAAGUUUUUUCAUAUGUCAUAUGCCAUAUGUCACAUUAUCAAAAAUUUGGUCUAUAUUACGAAAGCAUCAGGAACAGGGAUUGUUUUCUCUUGAAAAUAUAGCUUAUGCCGCACAGGGACUUAGAACAUCAUCAAAACCAAAAGCAGAGCCUGACAGCAUGUUCAUUUCCUAGCGGAAGAUGUCUCAUAGUAUUUGCAAAAGAUCGUAUUAGUUCUGCCACAGAAAGCAAUCAAGCUUAUUACCCAUGACCAGAGUCAGAAUCCAUUUUUGUUCAAGCAAACAGGUUUUACUGUAUUGACAUGAUGAGGAUAACUAGUCAAGGGCAUUUAAAAACCUGAAAGGAACAAAGGAGAGGGAGAAAACCACGCUGUGGCGUUUCUUAAACCACCAUGUUGGGCUGGCAAUACCACCCACUCCGUCGCUUCAUAUUUAGUAAGAAAUCUGAGGCCAGUAGUUUGACCACGACCCUAUUAUUUUUUAGCUUUGGUUGAAAGGCCAAGUGGCCCAAAUGUUAGGUGAACGGUGGUUCAAAUGCUAGACAAAUACAGGCUGGGAGCCCAAUCUGGAUUCUGGAAAAUCCAAACAGUCCUUCUGUCAUGUCGCUAAGAAGAGAGCGUUGUUAGCCAUCCUCCCUAAGUGCAGAGAGUUUCAUUUUCUAUAUACAAAGUUGCCAGUGCCUUGUUUAAGAUGGUGAUUUGUCCUCCCAUCUGGAUAUUGUUGGUUCCAAUUCAAAGCAGAGGACUGACUGGCUACACUCUGAAGAAAAUCAUUCUUACCUGUCUCUUUGAACUCAGGAAUAGAAAACGACCAAGGAGCACAUCCUAGUCGGGUGUCAUGUCUGCCCCCACUGGGUACGGCAUGCAGCACCGGAACAGGGGCAGAAGUGUGCUCAGAGUUCAGGUUAAUCUGGUCUCAGCCUUCCAGAAACUGACAUCACCUUAAUUUUACAUCUUCCGUGAAACACCUUAGUGUCUGGUCUGUAGUAGGGAUGCCGAUGUGCUGUCUAUAGAAGUUAGAGUUUUGUUACUGACCCCUUUCAGGCAAGUCCAAGGUACAGGAAAAUCAGGUUCGUGGCAGCUGGCACAGAUACAGUGAGUGGAGUGAGAACCACCUAGAACAUUGUGUGUGUGUGUUUUAAGGCAAUUUCAAAACUGCUUCACAAGUUCACAAAGUUGUCACCCUUAAUUUGGGUUAAGAAAGUUAACAGUGUUUUCUCUGCUGAAGGUGUUUUCUCUUAUACCAUGACUGUUGGCCAAAAUCAAACUUUAACUUCUGCACUUUGAGGGAAAGCACAGUGUGAACCUUCAACCCAGGCACCUACAGUCACCACUGAAACUCUCCAUCAUCUGCAAAGAAAAUGCACAAACUUGCUCCCUUGUAGGAUUCUUCAAAAGCGUGUAAUGAAGCUUGCGUGUUACGCCCCUUGAUGUGACUUUUGAAGACGUUAUGAAAUGUUAAAUGCCUCAUUCUGUGUGAAUUUGCUGUUGCUGUUUUGUGAUACAAAAUAAACUUCCUUGGGAUUGU